GGUUAGUUGACCCGAAUUUGACCCAUGAGGGUCUUCUGCAAAAUCUCUUAGACGUGAGCCGUUCCCUGCCCCCCACAAAUGAACCGAGCAUUGCCUUUGUUGAAACGCCUGAUCUGCCACCUACCUAUCUAAAGCGACAACAGUGGCAUGGAGUAAAGACGGGGGAAAUGAAACGAAAACUCCACUACAACUACUACUGUAAUUAUUUGGAUUCGACGCGAGACCCUACCAUAGCCCGUUCUUCUCACUUACCGCCCUGCCGUCUUUUACUAUUGCUGCCCGAAAUACGACCCUCUGCACGGGGUGCGUGUCUUUCGUCUCUCCUAUUCCCUUAG